AUGAGCGCAGAGUCGGAGAAGCCGGUGGCGUUGUCGGCCUUGAGGUUCUUGGCGCCGCGCACCGUGACUUCGAAGACGUCACAGCCGGCAGCGAGGGCGUCCUCGGGACUGUCAAAGAUGAGUUGCUUCUUGCGCUCGUUGAGGCAUCGGAUGUUCCACAGCUCGGAUGCUUGCGUGAGCUCGGCGUGCAUGCACCGAAGGAAGAGGAACGGGAUGGACGUGUGGUACUCUGGCUCCAUGACCUCCUCCAUCACGAGCUUGCGCCGACUGUCGGACGACGAUGACGCCGGGGCAAACAUGUACGAUUGCAACAUCGGAUGUUGUGUGCGAACGAAGGGGUGCGGCGUGGGCACGAUGGACGAGAUCGUGAUGCGCAGGACAGGAUCGCCGCCACUCUUCUUGGACACCUUGCCAAACAGCUCAAAUGGAACGUGCUCAGUCGUGGCUAGGGUCGUCACGAGACGGUCCAUGGACACGGUGGCAGAUCCGACGGUAAAAUUGUCCUGCGUGCGGGUCAACGUGAAGCUGAGAACGUCGGCGGUGGGGGACGCGCGGCCAUUCGCGUCAAGUGAAGCUCGACCGUCGGUGAGCGGCAACUGGAUCCCUAACGCGAACGCGGGAUUCGGGGAUUGGACUGUCUCUGUGAAAUACGUGUCGUGCUUGUCUUGGUGGAGCCGGUCGACGCGGAUCUGGCACUCCACGACCUCCGUUUGUCUCCGGAUAGACGCGAUCGCUCCUUCGAAGAAACUUUGCGGCUUGGGUGCGACGUUCACGUUGUAG